GUUUCCUGUAGUUGCAUGCUGAUCUUCCUCUUUGAGUGGGUUCCUGUCAGAGUGAGCAGCACAGACGAAGCUGAGCGGAACAGGAUGCAGGCUAUCAAAUGUGUGGUCGUGGGAGAUGGAGCUGUGGGAAAAACAUGUCUGCUCAUCAGCUACACAACCAAUGCCUUCCCCGGAGAGUACAUUCCUACUGUAUUCGACAACUACUCAGCUAACGUGAUGGUGGACAGCAAGCCGGUCAACCUGGGCCUCUGGGAUACAGCUGGACAGGAAGACUAUGACAGGCUCCGCCCCCUGUCCUACCCACAGACCGAUGUUUUCCUGAUCUGUUUCUCUCUGGUCAGCCCAGCGUCCUAUGAGAACGUCAGAGCCAAGUGGUUCCCUGAGGUCCGCCACCACUGCCCCUCCACACCCAUCAUCCUGGUGGGCACCAAGCUCGAUCUGAGGGACGAUAAGGAUACCAUUGAGAAGCUGAAAGAGAAGAAGCUGUCACCAAUCACCUACCCACAGGGCCUGGCUUUGGCAAAGGAGAUCGAUUCAGUGAAAUACCUGGAGUGCUCGGCUUUGACCCAGCGUGGUCUGAAGACUGUGUUUGAUGAGGCCAUCCGGGCAGUGCUCUGUCCCCAGCCCGUCAAGAGCAAGAGGAAGACGUGCGCACUGCUGUAAAUGAUUCGACAAGGACCCCGUAAGAAGAGAGAAAGCAAUUCAGACUGCUGACCCUGGGUUAAAAGAAGACCUUUUAAAAGUUCUGUUCUGUUUUCAACUAGAAAACCACUAGUUUAAAACAAAGCUUAUUAAAAAAAAAAGCUGAUUUUAAAGUUCUUGCAGAUACUGCACCUGGAAGAAUUUAAGUGUAAAUUACAAGAGUUUCUAAAAUUAAAUCACAAAAUGUGGAUGAACAGACAUGCUAAAUGCAUACAAUAUAGAUUAGAUUAAGUAUGAGACCAGGAGCAGCAUGCUUGCUUUAUCCUAUACCAACUAAAUACAGGUGUUUUGUGUACUCUCAAUGAAUGAUUUGAUUAAUUCAUAGUGACUUUCAACUGUUGUUUAAAGAGUGAUGAACAAUGUAUCAGGAAUGUAGUUUUGUAUUGGGAGAGAGAUGAUCAAUGUUUUUUUUUAUUAUUAAUAAAACUUUUUAACAAAUGUA